ACAAAUAUGGCGUCCUUCUAUCAUUUUCUGGUGUUCAUUGGUAUAAUUAGUUUAACACAUUCUGCUUAUUCUGCAGCACAACAUAGAACAUAUUUAAGACUUACUGAACAAGAAUUUACAAACUUACCUGCAGAUAUUAUACUACAAAGUCUAAUAAGCUUAGUAAUUACAGCAUAUGGAAUAUUACACAUCGCUGGCAAGUACAAAAAUAUACGAGUUGCAGAUGACAUGGAAAAGAAAUCAUUUGAAACUGUAGGAAAUUGUCCAUCAUUUUACAUCUUCAAGCACAGAGGAAAAGUAUUAUUUGGAAAUGGACCAUAUUCUAAGAAUGCUGAUUCUUGAUUGUAAAAACAGACAUUAUGAUGUAACAUUACAAUCUAAUGCACACUCUACUGUAUGCAAGUUGCCUAUUUGUAUUUUUUGGAGACUCAAUCAACACCAGAUUAGUUGUACAGACAAGAUGGACAUGGAUUUAGAAAUUAUUGUUGAUAAGAUAAUUUAAUUUCUCAUAAUGGUGCAUAUAGACAAUCAAGGAAGUCUGAAGGAGAAGCAGCACAACAAUCCUCAGUUGUUACUGUAUUUUCACGUUUGUUUAUAUUUUAUUGUUUUCUUUAAAUCUUGUCAAGUAUUGAUGGGUACAUUACCAAAAUCAGGAUGCAAGAAGUAUGGUAGCUACUGUAUUCUGUACAGGAAGAUAAAAAAAUGGAUGAGAAGUCUGCAGUUGUAUUGUGUACACUUCAAACAUGUUAGCCAGAUAUGAUCAUGUCUCCUAAUUAUUUCUAAUCAACUCAUUUCAAAUCAAAUAAUUAAAGACUGGCGCAGCGAUUUUCAUUUAGGUUAUGAACCUCAUGGUCGGGAGUUGAGCCAUGCGCUGACCAUUCUUAGAUCCCCAAGCUUUCACUGCCAAUGAACUGCGAAGUGGUUCACACUGUUUCAAUCUUAGGUGCGUGCGAGUGUUUAAAGGCUUAAAAAUUAAAUUAUUGUGGCCGCUUAUCAUCAAUAAGCCAAUUCAUAUUUUGAACAUACAUACAACAUAGAUUUAUGUCGAUUGACCUUGGAUACGGCACACGCAGUGCAAACUACAAAUUAUAAUGAUGGUACUGUAACAUCAGGUAAUAAAAUAAAGAUAUUUAAUAAGACUGAAAUUCUAACUGAAAAAAAUUAUGUUGAACAUUUCCAAUUGUAUAUACUGUAAUAUAUACUGUAUUGGUCUCUAUAAUAUCAAAAUUUGUAUUUAUACAGUAUGAACUAAAUAUGCCAGUUUAUGUAAAUUGGUAGGCAACUGCCUAGAGAAUAAAGUUAAAAAUUGUUAUA